UAACUUUAGAAAAUUAUGUUUUCCCGACCAAAUAGGGCCUAAAGUUGGCUAAGAAAAAAUUCGUUUUCCGAAAACAUAAACUAUUUUCUGAUAAGUGUGUUUCCCUCCAUUAGCUCAAACGAACAAACUAUUCUAGAAGCAUCUUAUCUUUUACAGAAAACCCUUGGCUCCUCUUGAACUCUCUAGGGUUUUGUUAUCCUUUUCUUACCCACCACCCUCUAUAUUUCUGGUACAAUCCUAUCUAACCUCACUACUACUCCACUUGAGAAAAUAAAAUAAAACAUCUCCUAAUUCAGGAUUAGAAAGAAAUGGCAAGCACUCAGCUAACAGCAUCGUCCAUUUCUGGCAAUGGUUUUGCAUCCUUUGAAGGACUUAGGUCCACUUGUAUUGUGAAGUCCGCAUCAUUUGCCCCUUUGAAGCUGAACAACAGCUCUUUUCGUGGUCUUGUUGUUAAGGCUGCCACCACCGCAGCCCCUAAGUACACUUCGCUUAAGCCUUUGGGUGACAGAGUGUUGGUAAAGAUUAAGACCACAGAGGAGAAGACUGUAGGUGGUAUCCUACUUCCAAUAACAGCCCAGUCUAAACCUAACAGAGGUGAGGUAGUUGCUGUUGGGGAGGGUCAUUCAGCUGGCAAGACCAAAGUUGACAUUAGUGUGAAGACUGGUGCCAAAGUCAUCUACUCAAAGUACGCUGGAACAGAGGUGGAGUUUGAUGGAUCAAAGCACCUCAUUCUGAAAGAGGAUGAUAUUGUUGGUAUUCUUGAGACAGAUGAUGUCAAGGAUCUGCAGCCAUUAAAUGAUAGAGUCCUAAUCAAGGUUGCAGAGGCUGAAGAAAAAACCGCUGGAGGCUUACUGUUGAGUGAGGCAGCCAAGGAGAAGCCUUCAAUUGGCACGAUUAUAGCUGUUGGGCCUGGUCUUCUUGAUGAGGAAGGGAACAGGAAACCACUUUCAGUAUCCCCAGGAAAUACAGUUCUGUACUCCAAGUAUGCAGGCAAUGAAUUCAAAGGUGCUGAUGGAUCUGAUUACAUUACACUCGGGGCACCCGAUGUAAUGGCUGUACUAUCUUGAGUUGUUCUCACCAAAAUUUUCAGUAAGAUCUAGAAUGGCGGAAGCUGCAUUCAACUUUCGAGUGAGGAGUAAAACACACUGCAAAUUAAUGAUUCAUAUCAAGUGUAGAAUCAAUUUUCUGAACGUAUUUCUGUUCUUGAUUUGAGGAAUUACCCUUUUUUUAGAAUUUUUUUAAUGUUAAAAAGUGAUUGAAAACUACAGAUUAUGAGGAUGAGAGCUCAAAUUCUUCCGGAUGCA